AUGGAAUUUCACCAUAUUAUUAUAUUAGCUUAUCAAGUCGCACCAGAGUUAUGGCUGCCGUUUACCGGUCCUUCUGUUUAUAUACUUGCAUAUACUAGACUUAUCUCCCGGCACCGGGCAGGCGUCAGGCUUUAUACGCAGUGUUUCCACUUUGCAAAGCCCUGUGGUUUUAAUAACCAGUUGUCGUUCUCUCUUUAG